GUUUGACAGGCGGAAACGCACAGUGGCAUUUUGCCCUGUUGUUUUGGUCGCUGUCUUGCAUCUUAAAUUGAGCACCGGAGUCACUGAAAUGAACGGUGUGGUUCUACGCCUGCGUUCGCGAUGUAGUGAAAGAACGGUUCUUCAUCUCUCGGCGUUCUUUCUUGCAAGUAGAGUUCACUGUUGUGCUGAGAGAAGCUAUUGCAAUACAGCAAACAACGAAGUGACGAAAGCACGAGUUGCAGAUGAAGCCAGAAAAAAAUACGGAAACCCGGCUCCGACUAUUUUCAGUAAAGUGAUCGACAAAUCCAUCCCGGCAGACAUCAUUUACGAGGACGACAAGUGUCUGGCAUUCCGAGACAUUAGCCCCCAAGCGCCCGUUCACUUCCUGGUUAUUCCCCGGACUCCUAUCCCAAGAUUCAGUGCGGCUGAGGACGAGGAUGCACAGCUCUUGGGCCACCUGUUGGUCGUGGCCAAGAAUGUGGCACAGAAGGAAGGUUUGGUGGAUGGAUACAGAGUAGUGAUUAACGAUGGGAAGCAUGGAGCCCAGUCUGUCUAUCACCUCCACGUCCACGUUCUGGGAGGGAGGCAGCUGUCGUGGCCCCCAGGCUAGGAGGGCCUCUUCCUGGGGGAACUUGGAGCUGAUGUACCCCUGCAGAGCCACACAGCUCCACGCAGCAGGGAUGGCUGGUCAUAAAACGGGUUAAAUAAAGCACCGCACUCUUCUUUUUGGAA